UGAAUGAUUUCAAGUCUGAAGCACUGUGCGAACGUGUACAUCAUAGUCAUGAUCACACUGUCAAUUAUUGUAGUGUUUUGAGCAUAAUAAUUCUGCCUUGAAGUCGACCACAGCUAGUAAGAAGUCCAGUUUGGAUAUAAAAUUUAGAACCUAUGAUUCCAAGUAGACAUUUUAUGUGCGGACUUCUGUUGAUCGUAAACAGUGGAUGUGAUAUGUUUUAAUCGAUUAGUGGGAAAUUUUAUCGAGUACUAAAGCAAUAUGGAUGACAUUCUAGCAGCUAUACAUAGUGCGAUAGCCAAGAAAAAGAUGGAACAGUUGCAGCUCACGUCGCCUACAUCAUUAACGCAACCAACUGUUGGUUUGAACAAUAACAUCACUGGUUUUUCACCCAUAAAAGGGACUACGGUCACUCCAGUUACACAACAAACUCGGGUACCAUCUUUACCUGUACUACCUAGUGGUAAUCAAGGUGUGCAAUUGUCACCUGGAUUGCCUACAACCCCUGGAAUGUUAGUGCCCCCGUCGGUCCAGUCAGUUCCUUCAAGUCUUGGUUCUGGCGGUCUGCCUGUGCCCAACUUACCGUUAGCUAUUACGACAUCCACAUCUGCUCUAAAUCCUAUGACAGCUGUUGGUAUUCCAAGUAGUGGAGGCAAGGUUUUACCAAGUCCAACACUCUCAAUGGCAACAAAAAGUUUAGCAAACAUUCUAGCUGAGAUGCAUAAACAACAGAAGCGUAACAAUGGAAGAAGACGUGGCAACCAGGGAGGUGGAAGUCAGCUGAGCACUAGUAAUAUCCCAUCUCUAUUGAACCUCAAUCUAAAUACUGCAAAGUCUAGUUUAAACCAGACCAGUUACAGAAGCCAGUCCAGCUAUAUGGGGCUACAGAGCAACCUGCUAAGCCAACCAUCUACAGGUAGUAGCCUAAGGGGAAGCAUAGGAGGAAGUCUUGGAGGAAGUCUGGGGGGAAGUCUUGGAGGAAGUCUGGGGGGAAGUCUUGGAGGAAGUCUGGGGGGAAGUCUUGGAGGAAGUCUGGGGGGAAGUCUUGGAGGAAGUCUUGGGGGAAGUCUUGGGGGAAGUCUAGGGGGAAGUCUGGAUAGGAUGCAUGGAGGAAGUCUGGAUAGGAUGCAUGGAGGAAGUCUGGAUAGGAUGCAUGGAGGAAGCAGUAUGUGGCAGUCAGAUUUGAGGAGUCCGUCACAGCAGUCUGGAAUGGGGUCAUCUCUGCUUGGAAAUCCUCCUAUGGCUGGUGGAAGCUCAUACAGUUCCAGUAGAGAUUUUAGUGUUCGGGAAGAGGAUUUUGCUGCCAAGGUCCGUCUUCAGCAGGCCAUGCUUGCUCAAGAGGGUAUGGACAGUGGUAGAAGGGCGCCAAUGACAGGAUACAACAAUAGCGAUAGAAACCAACGAAAUAGAAGCCGGAAAAGAUCCCUCAACCAGGAGUUGUAUGAUCCAACAAUGCCUACAGAUGAUUAUGAUGAAAGUGGACCUGCCAGAAAAAGAAGUACAAUUAGGGAUAAGAAUAGUAGCACGACAAGUGGACCUUGGCGCUGUAAUGUUUGUAACAUUGUCAGCAGUAAUCUGCAGGAGUACAAACUGCACAUGGACAGCCAAAGUCAUAGCACAGCUAUCAACCGGAUCAUGGUGGUUGCCAACUUCCAAACAAAUCAAGCAAAAGCACGUAUGCAGGCCCAGCAGCAUCUCCGCAUGAUUGAGGGAAAGCCUAAAGGUAGCAACGCCAGACCUAAGACCACCAGUAGUGGAGGCAGCGGUACUGGAGGUAGUAGUAGUAGCACAGCGCGUGGUGAUCGUCAUUUCUGCAGAGAAUGUCAGAUAUUUUUCCACGGAUCCACGAUUGAACAUCGGCAAGGGACAAGUCAUCAGGAUGCCAAGAAACGUGUGCAGCAGAGUCGAAGGCAUUGUAAGAUUUGUAACACAACCUUCAAGGACAAUCAGAAGUACCAGGCGCAUUGUAACACUGAACGUCAUAAGAAGGAAUGCGAGGCAAGACGCAGUAAAGGCUCAGCCAAGCCUGAGGAUUUUGUUACUGUAGAUGCCAUUGGAAUAUUUGAAGAGGAGGUUGAAGAGGGAUCCGAGACAAAUGAUGAUACACCAAAGCAGCAACAACUCAGCCCAGAUCAGUCAAAUGGCACAGUGGUAACCCCUAGCCCAGCAGUUGAAGUGCCUAAAGAUGAAGGCGAUAGUCCUACUGAAGCCUCAGAAAAACCAGAGGAGGCAGCCGGUGCUGAUGCAUCGGCUGAGGUCAGUUCUGAGAAAGAACAGUCCAUUGGUGUCGACGAAGUUGUGGCUGACGAUGAAAAGCCACUUGAGGUCGGUUCAGAGAAAGAACAGUCCGUUGUAAAGGAUGAAAAAAUUGUGGCUGACGAUGAAAAGCCACUUCAGGGCGGUUCAGAGAAAGGACAGUCCGUUGUUGAGGAUGAACAAAUUGUGGCGGAAGCUGAAAAGCCACUUAAAACGGAUAGUGUGCCUACUGUCAAUCAGUCUAGUCAAGAUUCUAAGACAACAACUAACAAACCAGAUCCGUUGAAGGUAUCCACAACGGAGGAAAAACCCCCUCCUGAAGUGACCACCCCUAUCUCUUCUAAAACCCCAGUGUCAUCAGCACCAGAAGUUCCAGCUGUCAGCAAGAAGGAACCUAAAGCUGAGCCUACCCCAGUGUCUGAUUCUGUUCUCACCACCACAGAACCAACCCCUAAGCCUGUACUCCGUCGUCCCAAACGCCUCAGGCAGUCAAAAGAUUGUACCACAGAUAGCCCCACAUGCUCAGAACCAGAGGACGAGGAAUUGGGAGAGUUUGACCCAAAUACACCUGUUGGCCAAGGUUUUGUUGUGCCAGUAUCUGGCUUUUUUUGCAAGCUCUGCCACAAAUUCUACCACAAGAAGACAGUUGCCAAGGUGACGCACUGCAGUACUAAGGCACAUUACCAUGCGUUGAAGAUGCAUAUCGGUCAGAAGAAAAAGGAAAUUGCUGAGGCCAAAGCUGAGGUCAAAGAUGAAGAUGAGUCCUAAACUUAUAGAGAUCUGCAAGUUUUCCAACUAUAUAGACGUUUUAUUAUAGUAACAAGAUUUUAAAUGGUCUUUGCACUCAGAGUUUGACCAUUUUUAUUUUUACGGAAAUUAUUCCUAUUUGUCGUGAGAAUAAUCUGUGUUACUUCACCCUAUUGGGCCAUUGCUGUCAAUUUCCUUAUGAAAGCAGAAAUUGCCUAAGAUUUUCUCUAAAACAUUUCAGUGCAUUUUUAAGUGUUCAGUGUUCAUACAUCAAAUCUACUAGAAUGAUAUCAACUUGUUGGAUUCAUUGAAGUUCAGUCUUUCUGUUUUGCUGAACGUAAUAAAGGCCACCAAAGCGAAUCAUUGAAAUAAAUUCGCAUAAUUAUUUUGAGAGUGAAAGAUAGUGUAUUGGUAUUGUAGCAAAUAAAUGUUUGCAACUACUAAACCAAUAACAUACUACAAUGGCACUUAUUACUGUCAAAAGCAAUUUGAAAGUUGCAUUCAGUAAUAAGGUUAAAUCGUGUAAAAUGUUUGCAGAAUUAAACACAUACAACAAUUAUUUUUUUUACCUAAAAUAAAAUUCACUUGGGUGUAAUUACGUACAGAGACCUAGAUGAUGUUAGUGUUUUCUCAAUGAAGUUAAUUGUUAAAUUCAAUGCUUGUAAAUUGCAUAACGAUUAGUUGUUUUUGUAGAAUGUUGUUUCUCUAUUUUCAUUUUGAAUAAAAUGGAAAGUGUUUCCCUGUAAAAGUAUAAGAA